UUUUGCGAUCACAACAUCCACACCUUGCUUCGCACACCUUUCGACUGCUGACAACAAUCGCUAUCUAUUUUCCCGCUGGUCGCUGACGCCGAGGUGGACAUGCGGCUCGGAUUGUUCACUCAUCUACAAUACUAAUCAUAAUACCACCGUUGCGAUCCCGAUGGGCAAAUGGCGCUAUGGAGUCGUCCUGGACGCAGGCUCGUCUGGGACUCGAGUUCAUGUCUAUCGAUGGCUAGACAACGCCAUCGCUCGCAAAGAGGCUGACGGAGAUAAGCUCAAGUCUCUCCCGGAGAUCAAAACAAAGUCCCAUUGGACCAAGAAAAUUCACCCAGGAGUAUCCUCGUUCGCCAACAAACCGGAAGAUGUAGGACACGAACACCUGGCAGAACUUCUCGAACAUGCCCGUGAAAUCGUACCCGAUGAUGCCAUCAAAGACACCCCGAUCUUUCUCCUUGCCACUGCCGGUAUGCGCCUGCUGGGCGAUGUCGAAAGGAAGGUCCUACUGAAGCAGAUUUGCUCAUACGUCGGCGCGAAUUCGGAUUUCUUGCUUCCCGACUGCGACGUUCACAUCCAAGUUAUCCCCGGAGUGACGGAAGGGUUGUACGGUUGGAUCGCCACGAACUAUCUGCUCGGAAGCUUCGACUCGCCGGGGUCCCACGAUCACGGCAAGGGUCACCACACGUAUGGGUUUUUGGAUAUGGGUGGCGCAUCGGCACAGAUCGCGUUCGCGCCCAACGCGACCGAGAGCGAGAAGCACGCGAAUGACCUGACGCUACUGCGGCUGCGCAACAUCGACGGAUCGGACCAGGAACACAGGGUUUUCGUCACUUCAUGGCUGGAGUUCGGGGUGCAUGAGGCUCGGAGGCGCUUUGUAGAGUCUCUGCAGGCGGCCAGUGCUGUUGGAGGAGUCACGGAGCUCCCGGAUCCCUGUUUACCUGCAGGAUUGCGUACGACGCUUGAUGGAAAGCCCCUGCCCCCAAAUGACGACGGCAUCCAUUUAUUGGGGACUGGAAAGUUUGAUGAGUGCAUGCGUCAAACAUAUCCUCUGCUGGACAAAGAUGCGCCUUGUCCGGAUCAGCCAUGUCUCCUCCGUGGUGUGCAUGUACCAGCCAUUGACUUCGACGUAAACCAUUUUGUCGGGAUCAGCGAGUACUGGCAUACGACUCACGAAAUUUUCGAGAUGGGCCACAAGGACAAAGCCUACGACUUUCACACCUACCAGGAUCGCGUGCAGUCGUUCUGCUCCCAGGAUUGGGCGAGCAUUGAGGCUGGACUUGAAAGCCAUCAAUGGGGGAAGAAGGUCGAUCGGGAAUCAGCCUCCGAGGUUUGCUUCAAGGCAUCAUGGAUCAUCAAUGUAUUGCAUGACGGCAUUGGGAUCCCUCGUGUAGGGUUGGAUGCAAUGAAAAGCUCGAACCACAACGGGACCAAGGAGGUGCUGUCUCAUGGUCAAAGCAAAGGCUUUCUCGACUCAUUCCAGGCUGCCGACAAGAUCCAAGACACGGAAGUGAGCUGGACACUCGGAAAGAUGGUUCUGUAUGCAUCCUCGCAGAUUCCCAUCGAAGCUCAAGAGGCACUCCCAGUUGGGUUCGGCAGCAAUGUUGCCGGGGUCCCUGCCGACUUUCAAUAUCCGAGUGCCGAGCUGUUGCCCGAUCCUGAAGGCGCACACAACGGAUCAUGGCGCGACGCCAUGCUCGACAGCAGCCCGUCCCGCAGAGUGCCCGGUCUCAUUCUCUUCCUGCUUAUAAUAGUCGUGGCUGCAUUCUUCCUCUGCGGACGCAGCCGCCGACUCAAGAUGUAUCACAAGAUCCAGAACGUCUUCGGUGGCGGUGGGCCUUCUCACCCCAGCUACCCCAAGAAACGGAGAAUCUUCGGCGGCAAGCUGCCUUUCUUCGGCCCAAGAAGCCCCACCUAUGAGCGCGUCCUCGAGGAUGGCGCUGCUGCCUAUGAUCUCGGUGAGACCGCGUCCAGCCGCAGUUCCAUCGAUGGGGGACGUCCAUCGGAAGCAGACUCCACGAAAUUCUUGGCGCCGAAGCGGGCAUCGAGCUGGGGAAGUGGGAGCAAUACACCCACGUUCAAGUAUGCGCUGGACAACUCAUCUUCAGGGACUAUUGGACUCGGUAUUACCCCGAGUCCGGGUGUCUCGGCGAUGGACCGACAUGGUCUCGUGGUGAGGACGGAGAGUAGGGAUCAUCUGGCGCCGGUAGCACUGGGUCCGACGACGAAUGGUCGCCGGUCCAGAGCUGGCAGUCCUUCUCGAUCUCACCCCAACAAAUCCCCAGUCAUGACCCCUCUCACAGAUGAAUGAUCUUUCUGUAUGAUUAUGUUUAUGUCUCCGUG